GCAACUUCCUGACCAAGAGCUAUAAUUACCUCAAUCUCUUCCUCUUCCAAGGGUUCCGGUUGGUGCCGUUCCUGACGGAGCUGCGGGCGGUGAUGGACUGGGUCUGGACCGACACCACGCUCAGUCUGUCCAGCUGGAUCUGCGUGGAGGACAUCUACGCUCACAUCUUCGUGCUGAAGUGCUGGAGGGAGUCGGAGAAAAGGUAUCCCCAGCCUCGGGGACAGAAGAAGAAGAAGGUGGUGAAGUACGGGAUGGGGGGGAUGAUCGUGAUGCUGCUCAUCUGUAUCGUCUGGUUUCCUCUGCUCUUCAUGUCUCUGGUCAAGUCUGUGGCUGGAGUGGUCAACAAACCGCUGGACGUGUCUGUCACCAUCACGCUGGGCGGCUUUCAGCCCAUCUUCACGAUGAGUGCGCAGCAGAAUCAGCUGAAGGACGUCACUGACGGAGAUUUCAUCAGCUUCCUGAACUCAUACAGACACAGUUCUAGUGCACUGCAGUUCUUGGAGGCGUACACGGCGGAGGACGUGACUGUGGCAGAGCUGGAAGGAAGCUCCAACUCUCUGUGGACCAUCAGCCCCCCCAGCAGGAAGAACCUGAUGGACGUCCUGAGCAAAGAGGACCAGUUUCCGGUCACCAUGUCCUGGAGCAUCCAGAGGAAUCUGAGUCUGGGAGCGAAGGCUGAGUUUGCAGUGGACAAACACAUCACAUAUCUGGACAUGAACACUAGACAGGAGCUGAUAGCGUUACUCAAUGGAACCAGAAAUAAACCUGUAGUCAUUGAGCAAGUGUUUCCUUGCUUUAUCCGAGCGCCGAGUGACUCAAACGCUAAACCAGUCGAUCAGCUUUAUACAGAUGAGGGGUAUAAGAGCAUCCAGCUGGACUUGGAGAGGUCUCCCACCGGCAGUGAGGACAUUCAGGAGUGGUGGAUUGUGGACCAGCCAUCGGCAGCGAAGAUCCAGAUGAGAGCUGAGUCGAAGCUGGAGAAGAAGAGAGAAGCUGGACUGCAGCUGUACGUCUUCAGUGAUAAAGUCAGUCCUCCCAGCCUGGGCUUCCUGGCAGGAUAUGGUAUCAUGGGCCUCUACGCCUCCGUGGUGCUGGUGAUCGGGAAGUUCGUCCGCGAGUUCUUCAGCGGCAUCUCGCACUCCAUCAUGUUCGAAGAGCUUCCGUGCGUCGACCGCAUCCUCAAACUCUGCACCGACAUCUUCCUGGUGCGGGAAACCGGCGAGCUGGAGCUGGAGGAGGACCUGUACGCCAAACUCAUCUUCCUUUACCGCUCGCCGGAGACCAUAAUCAAGUGGACGAGGGAGAAGACCAAAUGAGCCUGCUGGGAUUGACGGAAAACCCAACGAUCCCAAACAAGGAUGCUGCUUCUCGCAGGAAGGCGGCGUUAAGAGACAAACUCGUCACGAGAGGUUCGACUGCCAACACAACGAGACCCACAGGUGAACCAGCUGUGCCAAAGAGCCCUGAUUCAGAAGCUGACUCCACCAGUGGGAUCUUUAAUGAGCUCUAGCGCCACCUGUCUGUCGGGAGAUUGGUGAGUCGCGCAUUGUGCAAUACACUGUCCUGGUAGCAGGCCGUAAACUUGAACAAAGAAAGGAGACGGUGACUGAACACUAGCCACUUUUUUUCUUCAGAGAAAACUGGACCCCAGAAGUGCCUGGGUUUCUAAGACUACGUAAGAUUGAACUCAUGACCUAUCCCAGCUUGAACGAAGAACUGAGGGGUUCUCAGGAAGAGCAUCCGCUCUUCAGGAUCCCACGUCGAUGUGAUUCUGGAUCAAUAUCAUGAGCAUAAAGCACAUUCUGGAAACCAACUAUUGCCUUAUUUGUCCGGUCUACCUGUUGCACUUUUAGUUUUCGUUACAUGCGUUUCAAUGACCAUUUUGUAUGCAUUAAAAAGUCUACAGAAACUCGGAUCUUAAAUAUGCAAAAAAUUCUCUUUAUUCAGUGGUGUUGGGAAACCAUGCAAAUCCAGAAUUAACAGAGCUUGUUCCCUGCAAUUUCAAAACACACUUUCUCCAUUAAAACCAAGAAUAAACUAAGAUUGUGUUUCUCGUGUUCAGAUAA